GUCUUAUAGCACUCACUAACGUGCAACUCGCGCGAGCAUCCUGUUUCAAAUUUUAAUGGUCACAGAAAGUUGGUUUAACUGAAAGCUUGAUGGCGAUGUUACCCUAAUGCCAAAUUAAUUUAACAUGGGUUUUAGCAAAGACCUUCAACUAACUCAGAACACUUCUGAAGUUCUGGCCAUCAACAUCAUUAGAGCCAUGACAAGUGGAUGUCAAACGUUUUGACUUCAAAACAAUGUCAUAAAAGGGAUCUGCACAUCCAUCAUCAACCUGAUCUUUCAUAUGGUGUCCAGACCCUUCAGAGAGUGCAGAGAGUCGACAUCAAACUGAUGACAUGGAGAUGGCUUAAAUGGAAAACUCAUCUGAAAAGAACUUGUUUCUCUCCAAAAUAUCAAAAGAGAAUGACUUUCUUUUGGGAACCAUCUACACCAUAUUUGGUGUGCUGUCUGUGUUAGGAAACACUACUUUGUUGUUUGUGGCCUAUCGUAAGAAGUCAUCUCUUAAGCCAGCAGAGUUUUUUAUCAUCAAUCUGUCCAUCAGUGAUUUGGGCAUGACAAUCUUCCUCUUCCCCUUCGCUAUUCCCUCUGCUUUCGCUCACAGGUGGUUGUUCACGGAGGUGAUGUGUAUGUGUUAUGCAUUCUGUGGAGUUCUGUUUGGUCUCUGCAGUCUCAGUAACUUGACCGUGCUCUCCUGUGUGUGCUGGCUCAAAGUCUGCUGCCCCAGCUAUGGUAAUAAAUUUUCCCCAUUGCACGCAUUUUUGCUGGUGGUGGGGGUGUGGUGUUACGCUGCUGUGUUUGCAGUCGGGCCUCUCUCAGGCUGGGGUCAGUAUGGGUCAGAGCCAUACGGUACAGCCUGCUGCAUCGACUGGCACGCGCCCAGCUACAGCACACCUGCCAUGAUCUACAUCAUCUUCCUCUUCUUCUUCUGCUACAUCGUGCCCUGCACCAUCAUCAUCCUCUCCUACACACUCAUAUUUGUGACAGUGCGGGAGUCCCAGCAUGCAGUGCGGCAGCACGUCUCUCCUCAAAACAAGAUCUCCAAUGUGCAGACACUUAUUGUCAAGCUAUCGGUUGCAGUAUGUAUAGGAUUUCUGAUGGCAUGGAGCCCAUAUGCUGUGGUGUCCAUGUGGGCGGCCUUCGGUGAGCCAGACUUGGUUCCUCCAAUAGCGUUUGCUCUGGCAGCCAUGUUCGCCAAGUCAUCCACCCUCUACAACCCAGUAGUCUGCCUCGUGUUUAAGCCCAGCUUCCGCAAGUCCCUGUGCAGGGACGCCACAAAGUUCAGGAGGACACUGUGUCCAUGCAUGUGCCAGACAAAGAGUCAACCAAAAGAAGCCACAAAUCUACCGAAACUGAAAACAAAGGAGGACUGUAACUUCACAUGGUCAUCUAACGGGCUGCAUGAGAGCCACCAGUCCUGCAGACACUGUCCAAAGGGCAGGAUGGGACAUUACCUUGACAUCACACCCCAGAGGACAGCUCGCAUCCUCACUGGCUCAACACACAGCGAGGUGGUGGUCAGUCAGCUCUCCAAUGACAUGCAUAGCGACUUCCUGUAGAUAGUGAGAGAGGGAUGAAGACCACUUAAAAGAAGCAAGAUUGUUUCGGUUUGACCACAAUCAUAAAGGAAAAUGGUUUUGUUGAGGGAAUAGAUCCAAUGUCAUACUUUGGAAGAUAUAAAACAGGAAUAUGCCUUAAAGUCUCGUACUAACAAAAAUGCCGGUGGCAAGAGGAUAUUUCACUACUCAUUACAACCUGGUCUCAUAAAAUCACGUUACUUUAUGUACAUUUUUGCAAAACAAUUUUUUUGUGGCUCGUUAUACGUAUCCUGGCAGUUUCCUGGUGAAAUGAACACUAGAGGCACUACAAAAACAAUUACUUUUAUUCACUUUCACACAAAUCACCAGUAAAAUGGCAGAUUAUCAGUUCAUAAACCCUCCAGAAAAGAAUGUGGUUGCUUCAGCAAUUGUGUUUUUUGAUCUCACAUUUGCUUUUUAUGACACUAGUGGUUAGGUUUAGGUUUAAGGUUUAGGGUAGUGAGGUAAGUUUUAUUGAUUGAAAACUCGAUAGAGCAUUAAACUUCAAAGCCUCAUCUGUUUGGUCAUCUGUUUGGUCAUCUGUUUGGGGGGGACGGACACCGUAAAAAACCAUUAAAGCCAUCUGAAGCCAUCCAAUAGCUUGGUGUGAUGAAAUUCAAUCUGUUCUUCACACAAAUAAUUUUAAAUUCAGUCAUGAAUCUCUAUAUGCACAAGGUCCUUUGAACAUGUAAUCUGUAAACCAAUCUGCUCACACACUCCAUGCUGAUACACUGCAAAACAUCUUAUUGAUUUUCUUAUUGUUUUCCAAAUACAAAUAUCAAAACAUUUUUAAAACAAGAUGCAUUUACUUGAGAUGCAAAAUUACAUGAGAUAUUUUGUCUUAUUUUCAGAGAAAUCUAAAAACUUAA